UGCACCGGCAAUAGUUGCGCAGUGCCAAUUUUAUUUUAUUUUUUUGCUGAUUUUCCGCGCCUUUUCGCGGACUCCACUCGAUUUUUCUCAUCGAAAAAAAAAAAAAGGGGGCGAGAUGCCACGAUCGGCUUUUGUCGGAGCCGUAGCGGUGCUCUUGGUAGCUCUGGCCGCAGUCGACGCUGCUCCGAAAUCUUCUUGCUUGAAGAGCAAACUGGACUGCGUCCAUAGCACGGACUGCUGUUCGGGAUGCUGCUCGGAAAACAAGUGCGUCGAAUAUGCAGAGUCCUGUCAGAGAGACCUGGCCAAAUUGGGUGCAGGCAAGGGCGGCCCGUGCGCUAGUCUUGACCCUCCGUGCAAGCCGUCCUACACGUGUGUCCUGCAACAGGCCCUGUGCUCCAACUCGCCGUGCAAGCCCGUACCAACGUGUGUCCCACCGGAUUACCACGAUUACGACUAGAAAAAUGCAUCUCCAACGCUGUUUUCCAUAUACACCCUGCAUGCACUUUGUGUUUUUACGAAGCUAUAUAUACCACAUGUACCUAUAUCGUCUUAUUAUUUACAACCCCACUGCUGAUCGCAGAAAAUUGUAGUACGUAAGUUUAGCACGUAUAGCUGUUGCACGUUUGCAUUUAUAUUUUCUUACAAGUGUAAUACAUAUACAUAUAUUUUUUUCAAGAGAUAAUAAAGAGAUUU